CGUCACAAGGAAGUAACUUCAGUCGAAAUGCUGCGACAGGACUCCCAAGACGCUCCGCUUUUUGGUGAAGAUUUGGACGCCGUCGGCAAAAGCAAGUCCAAAAUCAAACACCCCGUGGCCUCUUUCUUCCACGUCUUCUUCCGAUCAAGCGCCAUCCUGGUUUAUUUGCUGUGUGACAUCUUCAACAGUGGCUUCAUCCCCUGCAUGGUGACCAUCAUCCUGCUGCUGUCAUGUGACUUCUGGACUGUUAAGAAUGUGUCUGGCAGAUUGUUGGUGGGCCUGCGCUGGUGGAAUCAAGUGGAUGAAAAUGGGAGGAGUCACUGGAUAUUUGAGUCCAAAAAGUGGACAGACGGGAAAGACACAACCUCCAGCGCCGACUCCCGGAUCUUCUGGCUGGGACUCGUCGUGUGUCCGAUAUUCUGGAUGUUCUUUGUGUUCAGCACCAUCUUCUCUUUGAAGAUUAAAUGGCUGGCCGUGGUGAUAAUGGGACUGGUGUUACAAUGGGCCAACCUCUACGGUUAUGUUAGAUGUAAGGUGGGUGGAAAGUCCGACCUCAGAAAACUUGCAAAGAACUACCUCAGCGUCCAGAUUUUUAAGCAGGCGGCGAAGGAAACUGAGACUUCUUGAGAAUGAAGCGGACUCGGGACAACAAAAUGCAUGAGCACAAGAGUGAAUGAUUUUAUUGAUGUUCACUUGGUUCCAGUUGGAAAGGUGUUGCUCAUUUUUCAGGGUUUACAGAACUUUUAAAGAGAACUUGAGCUACAAAGGGCUUCACAGUGGUUUGAGGGAAUCCUGAGGGAGGAGAGGAGUCGUCAUAUAUAAACUGUAUAUUAUAAAAGAUGAGAAGAUAAUUUAUGGGAUAAAUAUAUGUAUGGCCGACUUACUGUGGCUGCUAAUCAAUCUAAGUUCUGUCUUUAAUGAAAUCAAACAUUAGAAUAUGCUUUUUGGGAAAUAAAGUCUUGUUAUGGCAGUGUGAGAUAUCAUACAGAGAAAUGGAGAAAUAAAUAAGCAUCUUUGGGGUUGGUGCUAUACAAACAAUGGUCUUGCGCCAUUGUUUUGGGUCAUUGUUCUAUUUUACAAAUAGAAAAAUAAAGUUUUGUUAUUUUCCAUGCUGA